AUGUGUGGUUUCAAGACUAACUCAGCAGCAGGGCCACCUGCUGGCAGCGCGGGCGGGAUCGACAAGGGCGGCUUCCAAGCGGGGGUCAGCAACGGGCAUCGCGUACGAGGUCAUCGUCGGCUGCGCGACGCCGCCGUGGCCAGGCAGCUCCUCCUCGCGAUGCUGGUGAUGCUGGCGCUGAUGGUGCACCCGCCAAAGUCGGACGAGUCCGAGGCCGUCGUGCGGGCUCGCACGGCACUGGCGGCCUUGCGAAGGUUGCAGCACGACGACGACCGCGCAUCCAUCGUCAAUCUCACCCGCGAGGCCAGAGCGCUGGAGGCAGAGGGGCGCCGCCGCAGGCCCCCAGACGCCGCCCUGCGCAGUGCCCAGGACCGCAUGGCCGCGAAGACCAAGGAGAAGGAGGACACUGACAAGCAGUUGGCGGCUGCCGAGGCUCAAGUCGUGGACCUCCGCAAGCGCUCCGAGAGCCUCUCUGUGGAGGUGGGUGCCCUCCAGCAGGAGGUGGCCGAGGCGAGGACCCCGGCGACGGUCUCGGCUGCUGGCCACAACGGGCUCGACCUCGCGGCCAUGGCAUCCAACCUGCUCAACCUCCAGACGCUCAUCGGCAACGCCCAGCAGUCCGUGGGCGCAGGCCAAGGCCUUCAGCUGCUGCAGUCCAUCCACGCCGAGGUGCAGGCCAUGAGCGCGGCCUUCCCCGCGGCCAGCGCCUCGGCCCUCGCGGCAGCAGCGGCGGCGGCCCAGGCGCCCGCUGCCCCUGGAGGGGCUGCCGCGCCCGCCGCGCCUGGGCAGGCGCAGGCCGCACCGCCCGCACCCUCGCCGCCGACGGCUGCAGCGGGCACCGCACCCUCGGAGGUGCACGGGUCGUUUCGGCCCACCGACGCCACCGACGGGGACGCCUCCAUGGCUGCGCCUGGCCCCUCGCAGUCCGACAUCGCCACUACGCUCGCUUCCUUCAAUGGCUCGUGCUGGAACACGUUCAAGGAAUACCUCAUCGCCUGCCCGAGGGACGUCGCGGCGGCGGCGGCGCAGGAGCUGCGCAUACACGGUCGUGACAAGGCCGCUGCUGCGCUCUGGGCGGCUCGACACGGGUGGAAGCCCUACAUUGCGGCUUGCCGCAGAUUGGAGUCGGGCCGCCCCACCGCUGGCACUGGCAUCUUCAUCUGCGACCACAUCGAGACGCACAUCCUCGGCAUGGGCUCGAAGGCCAGCGAG